GUGUGUGUGUGUGUGUGUGCACAAAAGAGUGGAGGAAAUGAAAGUGUGAAAUAUUAAGGUUGUGUAAGGAGUAGUUUCAGUCCGUGUCUGCACAGCCAUUAUGAGGUCGCUUGUAUGUUUUCUUUUCUGUAUGGUGCUGUUUCUUCUCUGCCUCACUGCAGAAGCAAGUCAAAGUACUCCAAACUGCUGUUUAAAGACGAGCAAAGGCAGAAUACCUAAAAACAGAGUGUUGGAUUAUACAGUCCAGAAAGCAGGAGUCUGCCCUAUCAACGCAAUUGUCUUGUUGACCAAGAGAGAGAAAAUGAAGUGUUUUGAUCCAGACUCAGAAUGGAUCAAAGAAAUUAUCAGAACAGUGGAACAGAAAAAGCUGACACAAAACUCUGAUCCAAAAGCCUCGCCAAGCCAAAAUGUCAAAAGACAGAAAAAAAAUAAUAAAGGAAAGAAACGCAGACGAAAGAAUCAAAAGAAAGCUUAAGAUGUUUGUUUACUUAUGCUAUGUAUUGUUUGACCUGUUCCAGCUGACAUAAACCUUCAUUUGUAAGAUGUCAAAAAUAAAUAUUCAUGACUGUUUUAUGCUGAAUGUUUACAUUCUCGAUCUCUUUUGAAACGAAUUUAUUCUGCUUCACAAAUUUUAUAAUCUUUUAUGAAUGUAUGAAUAUAUUUUUGCAUCAAAUAUUUUUUAUAAAUAAAUAACAUAAUUUUGCAAAAUGA